ACAUCGGAUUGACUUUGGCAUUUGAAGCGCUUACUUCAUCCCCAUUUCCCUGAAUUAUUAUUUUUCUUUUAUUUCGGUAUAUAAGCCGAAACCCGACUUUUGACCUGUCCUCGACUUUUCCCUUCUUCAGGACUGCACUGCGCUAGGCGGCUGCGACCUGGUCCACCAACGUCCUCCAAUGCCCUCUCUUCGUCGUACCUUUUCCUCGCCGACCGUUCGCUCUUCACCUUAUCCCUCCGCCUCUGAGCAUGCUGGUCCCAGCAAUCGCAGUCAUGGUGGAGGUCAUAGGCGCUCGUCUGGCUCAGAAACGAUUGGCAGGAGAGUCUUGGCGGACAUUGAGUGGUGGAGAGUCGUGGAUGGGCAGCGCGACCUUGACGCUGAGCAGGAGUCGGAGGACGCCAACCGUGACCAAGAGUCCGACCAGGUCCCGGGUUCCGUCCGAAAUACUGCUGGUGACCCUCUGACGGGCGCUGAGCCCCCUCGAUACACUGAGGUUGAGCGCUCAUAUAUUCCGUCGUCGUGGAGCCCGUUCUUGGGCUCGCCAGAGGUAGACACUUUUUUUCUUCUUGUUGUCCACGGUCUUGAUCGCAUAUGUCAGGUGUCUUCUAUUUUUUCGGACUUGGUUCCCUUGUCUGUCGCGCCAGAGACACCUCGUCGCCGCCGUCACGGGCAGGAAUCGUCGUCGUCGUCCUUGGAAUCUACUCCCGAGUUGCCUGAAACAUCCGUGGAAGGCCUGCGUCUGGACCUCGAAUAUCUCGAUCUCGGCGCCCAUGAUGCUGAUUUGCCUCCGUACCCGAUGACAAGACGGGCGCGCAAUGUUGGCCUUCCCUCGUAUCUCACCGUCCGUUCCCAUUCAUUUGCGGACUUCCUUUCCCUCCAUAGCGACUCUGCUGGUCAAUACGCCGACUUUGCAGUUUCCCCGCUGUCUUCUCACUCGCCUGAUUUCUUCAACUAGAGUGGGAAGCCGAAAUCAUUAUCUAUCAUUCAAAAGUGUUCCAUCUAUUCACUUCAAUCUCGCGAAUCACCAUCUUCAUUGUUUCUUCUUGCAUCUCCCUCAUGUCGUACACUUUCAUCACCGCAUUGCACUGCAUUUUUUCUCUUCACACUUCAUUAGCAUCGUUGCACGACACGACUUUUACGAUUUUGGAAGCUAUCCAUAACUAGGUCAAUAGCCACCUCGCAUUGCUCUGCUUGUCUUUAUCGUUGUUAUUCACGGACAGCCGUCUACUCAGGCCAAUCUAUUCACGUUUUCUCACUGUCGCCAUAUAUCGUUUGCCUUUUUUUUUUUCAAAAUUCACGUAGCAGUGACAUUUUUUCCGUAGCUUCAAUCCAUUGUAACGACUAGACAUCCAUGUGCAUCUGUUUUCCUUUCUCAU